CACCGGUCUAGCAACGAGUUUCUACGCGUCUGCGCGAGUCUGCCAUCCUUUUCCCUUACCUGACGUGAUUUGCAAUUCAACCGCCGGCCAGAAUCCACUCAAGCAGCACAACAUAAAAGCAACAUCUCCGCGCCCACAUAGCAGCUCUCGCGCUCGCACACAUACAAACCACCUCCACAGCACACAAACCGCCUCGAACAAAGCCAGGAUGUCUGACAACGGUUCGCCCAACGUCCAGCAGAAGCCGGAGGAUGCGGGUGCGUCCGAACACCUUAACAUUAAGGUCACGGACAACAACAACGAGGUGUUUUUCAAGAUCAAGCGCAGCACCGCCCUCGGCAAGCUCAUGAACGCCUUUUGCGAUCGACAGGGAAAGAACAUCAACAGUGUGCGAUUCCUAUUUGACGGCCAGCGCGUGACAGCGCAAGACAACCCAGACACGCUCGACAUGCAGGACGGCGACACACUCGAAGUGCACCAGGAGCAGAUUGGCGGCGCAUGGUAGCCAAGUGUGUGACGCUUGGAGCCGUCCCCUCGCCGCACCCGCCAUAACGGCAACCCUUAGCAUCGACGCUACACUCUCCCACCUCACGGCUACGCGAAACGACGAUGAAUACCCUUGGUUUUAGCGACGUUGAAGAAGGCAUACAGAGGAGGAGUUUCUACUUGUGAUAUGCACAUCUCGGUUUCUGGCGUCAAGGAAUCAUCAGGCUCGCUUUGGGCGGUGCCGUUUGUGCUUUCAUAUAGUUUCUCACGGACGCCGUAUGCGAUUGAAUUUCAUUUCAUACCAAUCAACACCUUGCACGAGAAGACUUGCUCUGGUUAGUUGGAUAUUAAUGUGCUGGAAAGUCUUUUGUCUUGUUACAAUACCGAGACAUCUUGCUGGAAAACGCAGUGAGACAGGAUCUACAGCUUUACACCCAACGACACGUAUAAUUUUUCUACAUCAUACUGUCGACUCUGCAAACCACAAAGCAAUACACACAACCUGAUCCAAGCA